ACCACCGCCAGUCGUCCCACCACAUCCACCACCCGCUCUCCACGCACCUGCCCCCUGACACCCGCCGCAAGAAGGGGGUGCCGAAAAAGGGCAAAAAGAAGCACCGCCGCGCCUCAGUCCCCGGCGAGACCCCCACCAUCGAGGAGGCCGAAGAGGAUGAGGACGAGGCAUGUGAUACGGAGACGGAGCGGCUGGCGGAGGAGCUCCCGCAGCCCGGCCCACCCGAGGCGGUGCAGUUCUUCCUGCAGGAGGAUGAGGUGACCGAGCGCCGGGCAGAGGAGCCAGCGGCCCCCACGGCGCUGCCCGGCCCGGCGGGGGCGGGGGGGCGGGCCCGGUGCCAGAAGAUGCCGACAGACGAGUCGGAGGCCCAGACGCUGGCCUCGGCCGACCUGGACUACAUGAAAAGUCACCGCUUCGAGGACGUGCCGGGGGUGCGCCGGCACCUCGUCCGGAAGAGUGCCAAGGCGCAGGUGGUCCACGUCAGCAAAGACCACAAGGAGCCCAGCACGCGACACCGCAAGCAGGACCGGCAGCCCCAUGAGGUGUUCGUGGAGCUGAACGAGCUGGUGGCGGACAAGAACCAGGAGCUGCAGUGGAAGGAGACGGCACGCUGGAUCAAGUUUGAGGAGGACGUGGAGGAGGAGACGGACCGCUGGGGCAAGCCCCAUGUGGCCUCCCUGUCCUUCCGCAGCCUCCUGGAGCUGCGCAAGACCCUGUCCCACGGGGCUGUGCUCCUCGACCUGGACCAGAAGACGCUGCCGGGAGUGGCUCACCAGGUGGUGGAGCAGAUGGUCAUCACCGACCAGAUCCGGGCCGAGGACCGCGCCAACGUGCUGCGGGCCCUGCUGCUCAAGCACAGCCACCCGAGCGACGAGAAGGACUUCUCCUUUCCCCGAAACAUCUCAGCCGGCAGCCUGGGCUCCCUGCUCGUGCACCACCACAGCACCAACCACGUGGCCGAGGGCAGCGAGCCGGCCGUCACCGAGCCCCUCAUUGCCGGCCACGCCGUGGAGCACGACACGCGGGUUGAUGUGGAACGGGAGAGGGAGGUCCUCACCCCCACGCCGCCGGCCGGCAUCACUCGCUCCAAGUCCAAGCACGAGCUGAAGCUGCUGGAGAAGAUCCCGGACAACGCCGAGGCCACGGUGGUGCUUGGGCGGCUGCUGCUGGAGCCCAAGUCCCCCGAGGAGAAAGCGCUGCUAAAGCUGAAGGUGGUGGAGGGCGAGGGCGAGGAGGAUGAUGACCCCCUGCGGCGCACGGGCCGGCCCUUUGGGGGGCUGAUCCGGGACGUGCGGCGGCGGUACCCCAAGUACCUGAGUGACUUCAGGGACGCGCUGAACCCCCAGUGCAUCGCGGCCGUCAUCUUCAUCUACUUCGCCGCGCUGUCGCCGGCCAUCACCUUUGGAGGGCUGUUGGGGGAGAAGACACAGGACCUGAUCGGGGUGUCUGAGCUGAUCAUCUCCACAUCGCUGCAGGGCGUGCUUUUCUGCCUGCUGGGCGCCCAGCCCCUGCUUGUCAUCGGCUUCUCGGGGCCCCUGCUCGUCUUCGAGGAGGCUUUCUUCACGUUCUGCACGUCCAACGAGCUGGAGUACCUGGUGGGGCGCGUCUGGAUCGGCUUCUGGCUCAUCCUCAUCGUGCUGGUCAUGGUGGCCUUCGAGGGCAGCUUCCUGGUGCGCUUCGUCUCCCGCUUCACCCAGGAGAUCUUCUCCUUCCUCAUCUCCCUCAUCUUCAUCUAUGAGACCUUCUCCAAGCUGGCCAAGAAGCUGAGCGUGCCCAGCGGGUUCUCGGUGACGGCCCCGGACAAACGGGGCUGGGUGAUCAACCCCCUGGGCGAGAAGAGCGACUUCCCCGUCUGGAUGAUGGUGGCUUGCGGUCUCCCCGCCAUCCUUGUCUUCAUCCUCAUCUUCAUGGAGACGCAGAUCACCACGCUGAUCAUCAGCAAGAAGGAGCGGAUGCUGCAGAAGGGCUCUGGGUUCCACCUUGACCUCCUGCUCAUUGUGGCCAUGGGCGGCUUCUUCGCACUCUUUGGGCUGCCGUGGCUCGCCGCAGCCACGGUGCGCUCCGUCACGCACGCCAACGCCCUCACCGUCAUGAGUAAGGCUGUGGCGCCCGGGGACAAGCCCAAGAUCCAGGAGGUGAAGGAGCAGCGGGUCACUGGGCUGCUGGUGGCCGUGCUCGUCGGCCUGUCCAUCGUCAUCGGGAAACUGCUGCGGCAGAUCCCGCUGGCCGUGCUCUUCGGGAUCUUCCUCUACAUGGGCGUCACCUCCCUCAAUGGCAUCCAGUUCUACGAGCGCCUGCAGCUGCUGCUGAUGCCCCCCAAGCACCACCCUGACGUCACCUACGUCAAAAAGCAGCACAGACCCACGCACUCCCCUACGCCCCCGUCAAGUCGCACCCCUUCCCCCCGCUAA